UGCCUUCCAUGCCCUCCAAGUGAUCCGUGGCUGGCACCCGCCUUUUGCAUCCUCGGUGCGGAACACUCCCGCGCUCUCGGCCAGGGAAGUCCCCUCCAACUUUUGUCGUGCCAUUCGGCAACCACCUUCACGACGAUACCCAACUCAAACGAGCCACACAGAGCCCCAUUGCAAGCCCACCACAUUGAACACCAUUACGAGGACCCAGCACCACAUCCAGACAGUGUCGCGGCAGGUUGUUUCAAACCAACCUCACCAGACCACACCAGACCACGAACACCGACACUGCUCUAGCUCAUCUACGCCAAAACCCCCCGACAACGAGACCACCAGAGGUCCUCCUCCGCCCGCACGAUGCGCGCAACCCUCGUACGACGCCUCGCCUCGCUGCGCGGCGGGCCGGGCCCCGCGCCAGCAUCCGCGCCCAAGCUCAGCCCGGAGAACAUCUACUCGUCGCAAUACAAGCCCAAAAAGGUCUGGCCUCCAGACUUCUCCAAGCUGUCUGAAAAGGAGCAGUUCCGGUUCGAGCGGCGGUACCAGCGGCGCGUCAAGCUGGCGACCGCGCGGCCGCGGUGGGACAAGUACGUGCGGCUUGCGCAGCUGUUCAGCGUUUCCUUCGUUGGAGUAUACACAGUAUUCUGGAUGGACUGGCAAACAGAAAACCCGCCAUUUGAGGGGGUCCGGCAAGCAUUCAGGAAUGCAUUCGCGUCAUUUUCACCCGACGAGCAGCAGUCGCGGCGGUAUCCUCAGAGCUCAACGACAUCAGACAAAUGAUCGAGCCGCGAGCGUCCGGCCUUGCGGCGCCGUGUACGAUUAUAUAGUGGGAGGGAGGUAUCAGGAGGAAGUUGUCACAAAAGGCCAGGCGCAUCUGUAGCAUAUUGUAUGGAGUUCAAGCAGAUU